AUGAACCACCCACAACCGCACCUUCUCUCACAGGCGCAGCCUCAACCACAAGGUGGUGCCUCUCACUUCCAUGGCCACUUUCAGCUCUCGCAACCCCAAACCCACGUCCUCGCACAGCCACACCCUAGUCCUCACCCACAGGUGCACAACAAUGCCAACACCAAUGCCAACGUGGCAACACCUGCGCCUCCCAAGCGUGCAAAUCACAAACCCCCUUCACGCCCUCCCGGUUCCUCCAACGCCACCCAAUCCUCUGCCUUCAAGACGAUGGAACUUACCGUGGCGCCUCCUCGGAAAAAGAGAAGCUGUCCCGAGAAGCUCAUUCCUGACAAGGUGGCCAAGCUUGUGCCUGAGUCUGCUAUUUAUGCUAAGUUGCUUGAACUUGAGACCCACGUAGAUUCUGCUUUGGUUAGGAAGAAAAUUGAUGUGCAGGAGAAUGUUAGAAACCCUCGCUGUGUUAGGAGAACGCUUAGGAUUUAUGUAUAUAAUACUUUUUCGAAACAGGUGAAAGUGGAACCUGGGAAGAUUGAUGUGGAGGAGCCUUCUUGGGCUCUUAAAAUAACCGGAAGGGUGUUGGAAGAUGGUAAGGAUCCUGUGGCAGAUGGAGUUUUGCCUAAAGAAAAUCCAAAAUUCUCGGCUUUCUUCAAGAAGAUUACCAUUUAUUUGGAUCAGGGUUUCUACCCAGAAAACCAUGUUGUUGUGUGGGAUAGUGCCUGUUCGGCCGGGCAACGCGAUGGUUUUGAAGUGAAGAGGAAAGGAGAUAAGGAAUUCACCGCUGUGGUUAGAAUGGCGAUGAAUUAUUCGCCUGACAAGUUUGUGGUUUCAGCUCAGCUGGCUAGAGUUUUAGGGGUUGAGUUUGACUCUCGCGCAAGGAUCAUUGCUGCUCUUUGGCACUAUGUGAAGGCUAAGAAACUACAGAGCCCGAAUGACCCUUCGUUCUUCAUGUGUGAUGCUUCUCUCCAAAGAGUGUUUGGGGAGGAGAAGAUGAAAUUUUCUGUGGCUUCACAGAAGAUAUCACAACAUUUGUCACCGCCACAGCCUAUACACCUGGAGCAUAAAAUCAAGCUUUCGGGAAAUUGUCCAGCCGGAGCUACAUGUUAUGAUGUGCAGGUUGAUGUGCCUCUUGCACUAGAAAAGGAUAUGUCUGCAUUCUUGGCAAGCACUGAGAAGCACAAAGAGGUUGAUGCUUUUGAUAAACUGAUAUGUGAUUCCAUAAAGAAGAUCCAUGAACAUCAUAGGAGACGGGCAUUCUUUCUUGGCUUUAGUCAGUCCCCAGCAGAGUUUAUUAAUGCUUUGAUAGCUUCUCAGAGCAAGGAUCUGAAGCUUGUUGCUGGAGAUGUGAGUCAUGAUGUUGAAAAUGAACGACGUUCUGAAUUCUACAAUCAACCAUGGGUCGAGGAUGCUGUUAUUCGCUACCUGACCCGAAAAAAUGCUCGCAGUGAAGCUCCUGCAAACAUCUGA